CUUUUCGGCUAGACUCGGAGGAGGAACCCGGCGGCUGCCCGGCUGUGCGUUUGUAUUACCCAAGAUGGAGGUAUGCUGAUGGCAUUAGCGUCUAGAAGCGAUCCAGCCUGUCUCCGUGCCUCGGCCGACGCUUUUCCGAGAAACGAACAGAUUGUUGUCUUGAUAACGUUGGCAUUAAUAAGGCCCAACGCAUUGGGAAUUUAGUUGGGAUCGCGUUUUUGGUGGCCACCAUCAUGAGCUCUGGAGAAGGAGCGGAGGAGACGCCGAAGGACGCUGCCGAUAUAGCAGCGUUCUUUAAAUCUGAUGGUCCUCUCCAAAAAGAGCCCAAAGGAGACUUGUCCAGUCAGCUACCAGGUUUUCGAAGAAAUGAAGAAAUGAAGGCAAUGGAGGUGUUGCCAAUUCUAAAGGAAAAAGUUGCCUUCUUAUCAGGCGGCCGAGACCGACGCGGAGGGCCUGUGUUAACGUUUCCGUCACGCAGUAACCACGACAGAAUACGAGCCGAAGACCUCAGGAGACUCGUAGCAUACCUCGCCAGCAUCCCCAACGAGGAGGUGGCCAAGCAUGGCUUCACGGUCAUAGUGGACAUGCGAGGCAGUAAGUGGGACAGCAUCAAACCUCUACUGAAGAUCCUGCAGGAGUCCUUCCCCUGCUGUAUUCACGUCGCUCUCAUCAUCAAACCGGACAACUUCUGGCAGAAACAACGCACCAACUUCGGCAGCUCCAAGUUCGAAUUCGAGACCACGAUGGUGUCAUUGGAGGGCCUGUCCAAGGUGGUUGACCCCUCCCAGCUGACCGCUGACUUUGAGGGAAGCCUGGAGUACAACCACGACGAGUGGAUUGAGGUGCGCGUUGCGUUUGAGGAGUUCACCGGCCACGCGAGUCACAUGCUCUCCAGGCUGGAGGAGAUGCAGGAGGUGGUGGCGAGGAAAGACUUCCCCACGGACCUAGACGGGGCGAGGCGCAUGAUCGAGGAACACGCCGCGCUGAAGAAGAAGGUCAUCAAGGCCCCCAUAGAGGAGCUGGACACGGAGGGUCAGAGGUUGCUGCAGCGUAUCCAGAGCAGCGAGUCGUACCGGAACUCCAACGCCAGCGGCGUGUGUAACGCCGACACCCAGGGCCUGGUCCCGCGCGUGGCCACCCUGCUGGACAAACUGCAUGCCACGCGGCAACACCUCCACCAGGCCUGGCACGUCCGGAAGCUGCAGCUGGAUCAGUGCUUCCAGCUGCGCCUCUUUGAACAGGACGCCGAAAAGAUGUUUGAUUGGAUCAUGCACAAUAAGGGCCUGUUCCUGGCCGGCUACACGGAGAUCGGAAACAACCACCCUCAUGCCAUGGAACUACAGACACAGCACAACCACUUUGCCAUGAACUGCAUGAACGUCUAUGUGAACAUCAACAGGAUCAUGUCUGUGGGAAACAGGCUGCUGGAGUCGGGUCACUAUGCCUCGGUACAGAUUAAACAGAUCUCCAGUCAGCUGGAGGCCGAGUGGAAGGCCUUCGCUGCCGCCCUGGACGAGCGCAGCACCCUGCUGGAGAUGUCUGCUGCCUUCCACCAGAAAUGUGACCAGUACAUGAGUAACGUGGACUCGUGGUGUAAAGCGUGUGGUGAGGUGGAUCUGCCCUCGGAGCUCCAGGACCUGGAAGAUGCCAUCCACCACCACCAGGGCCUCUAUGAACACAUCACCGCGGCCUACUCAGAGGUAAACUACACUGCUGCCGACCCAGAGGUCAGCCAGGAUGGUAAGGCCCUAUUGGAUAAGCUGCAGCGCCCUCUGACCCCAGGGGCAGCUGAUUCCCUGACAGCCUCUGCCAACUACAGCAAGGCCGUGCACCACGUGCUGGACGUCAUCCACGAGGUUCUGCACCACCAGAGACAACUGGAGAACAUCUGGCAACAUCGCAAGGUCCGCCUCCACCAGCGACUGCAGCUGUGUGUGUUCCAGCAGGACGUUCAGCAGGUUCUGGACUGGAUAGAGAACCAUGGGGAGGCGUUCCUCAGUAAACACACCGGUGUUGGGAAGUCCCUCCAUCGGGCCAGAGCGCUGCAGAAAAGACACGAGGACUUUGAGGAGGUGGCUCAGAACACCUACACCAACGCUGACAAGCUGCUGGAGGCGGCGGAGCAGUUAGCCCAGACCGGGGAGUGUGAUCCAGAGGAGAUCUACCAGGCGGCACACCAGCUAGAGGACCGCAUCCAGGACUUUGUCAGGAGGGUGGAGCAGCGCAAGGUCCUGCUGGACAUGUCUGUCGCCUUCCACACACACGUCAAAGAGCUGUGGACGUGGUUGGAGGAGCUACAGAAGGAGCUCCUGGACGAUGUGUACGCCGAGUCGGUGGAGGCGGUGCAGGACCUGAUCAAACGCUUCGGCCAGCAGCAGCAGACCACCCUGCAGGUCACCGUUAACGUCAUCAAGGAGGGAGAAGACCUCAUCCAGCAGCUCAGGGACUCUGCCAUCUCCAGUAACAAGACGCCUCACAACAGCUCCAUCAACCACAUAGAGGGCGUCCUCCAGCAGCUGGACGAGGCCCAGGCCCAGAUGGAGGAGCUCUUCCAGGAGAGAAAGAUCAAGCUGGAACUCUUCCUGCAGCUACGCAUCUUCGAGAGGGACGCCAUCGAUAUCAUCUCCGACCUGGAGUCGUGGAACGAGGAGCUGACCGGUCAGAUGAGUGACUUCGACACGGAGGACCUGACCCUGGCGGAGCAGAGGCUGCAGCACCACGCUGACAAGGCCUUGACCAUGAACAACCUGACCUUCGACGUCAUCCACCAGGGACAGGAGCUGCUGCAGUACGUCAACGAAGUACAGGCCACGGGUGUGGAGUUGCUGUGUGACAGGGAUGUGGACAUGGCCACGCGCGUUCAGGACCUUCUGGAGUUCCUCCAUGAGAAACAACAGGAGCUGGACGUGUCCGGAGAGCAACACCGGAGGCAUCUGGAGCAGUGCGUCCAGUUGAGACACCUGCAGGCCGAAGUCAAACAGGUGCUGGGCUGGAUCCGUAACGGGGAAUCCAUGCUGAACGCGGGUCUGAUCACCGCCAGCUCUCUCCAGGAGGCCGAGCAGCUGCAGAGAGAACACGAGCAGUUCCAGCAUGCCAUCGAGAAAACCCACCAGAGUGCGCUGCAGGUCCAGCAGAAGGCAGAGACGUUGCUCCAGGCCAACCACUACGACAUGGACCUCAUCCGAGACUGUGCCGAGAGCGUGGCGUCCCACUGGCAACAGCUCAUGCUGAAGAUGGAGGACCGGCUCAAGCUGGUCAACGCAUCAGUAGCUUUCUACAAGACCUCCGAACAGGUGUGCAGUGUUCUGGAGAGUCUGGAGCAGGAGUAUAAGAGGGAGGAGGACUGGUGUGGGGGGGCCGAUAAACUGGGUCCAAACUGUGAGUCUGACCACGUCACCCCCAUGAUCAGCAAACACCUGGAGCAGAAAGAGGCCUUCCUCAAGGCGUGUACACUGGCCAGACGGAACGCCGAUGUCUUCCUGAAGUACAUGCACAGGAAUAGUGUUAACAUGGCCGGGAUGCUUAGUCAUGUCAAAGCCCCUGAACAACAAGUCAAGAACAUCCUGAACGAGUUGCUGCAGAGGGAGAACCGUGUUCUCCACUUCUGGACCAUGAGGAAACGACGACUGGACCAGUGUCAGCAGUACGUGGUGUUUGAACGCAGCGCCAAACAGGCUCUGGAGUGGAUCCACGACACGGGGGAGUUCUACCUGUCGACACACACCUCCACCGGGUCCAGCAUACACCACACACAGGAGCUCCUGAAGGAGCACGAAGACUUCCACAUCACAGCCAGACAAACCAAAGAGCGUGUGAAGCUGCUGAUCCAGCUGGCAGACGGCUUCUGUGACAAGGGCCACAGUCACGCUGUGGAGAUAAAGAAGUGGGUGACGGCGGUGGACAAACGCUACCGGGACUUCUCCCUGCGCAUGGACAAGUACCGCACCAGUCUGGAGAAGGCCCUGGGCAUCUCCUCCGACUCCAACUCCAAGGCUAGUAAGGAUCUCCAGUUGGACAUCAUACCGGCCACACCUCAGGGGUCAGAGGUCAAGCUGAGAGACGCAGCUCACGAACUCAACGAGGAGAAACGCAAGUCCGCUCGCAGGAAGGAGUUCAUCAUGGCUGAGCUGAUUCAGACAGAGAAGACCUAUGUCAGAGACCUGAGGGAGUGUACAGAUACAUACCUGUGGGAGAUGACAAGUGGCGUAGAGGAGAUCCCUCCAGGCAUAGUCAACAAGGAACACAUCAUCUUCGGUAACAUGGGGGACCUCUAUGAGUUCCACCACAAUAUCUUCCUCAAAGAGCUAGAGAAGUACGAACAGUUACCAGAAGAUGUGGGCCACUGCUUCGUCACCUGGGCGGAUAAGUUCCAGAUGUACGUGAACUACUGCAAGAACAAACCGGACUCCACGCAGCUCAUCCUCGAGCACGCCGGACCAUACUUUGACGAGAUCCAGCAGAGGCACCGUCUGGCCAACUCCAUUUCCUCCUACCUGAUCAAGCCCGUUCAGCGAAUCACUAAGUACCAGCUCUUGCUCAAGGAACUGCUUACGUGCUGUGAGGAGGGGAAGGGAGAGAUCAAGGACGGCCUGGAGGUCAUGCUGAGUGUCCCCAAGAGAGCCAACGAUGCCAUGCACCUGUCAAUGCUGGAGGGUUUCGAUGAGAACAUUGAGUCUCAGGGAGAGUUGAUCCUGCAGGAGUCCUUCCAGGUGUGGGAUCCCAAGACUCUGAUCCGCAAGGGGCGUGAGCGUCACCUCUUCCUGUUUGAGAUGUCCCUGGUCUUCAGCAAGGAGGUCAAGGACUCCAACGGACGGAGCAAGUAUAUGUAUAAGAGCAAACUCUACACGUCAGAGUUGGGGGUGACCGAACAUGUGGAGGGGGACCCCUGUAAGUUUGCUCUGUGGGUGGGACGCACCCCGACCUCCGACAACAAGAUUGUACUCAAACCAAGUCAGGGAUGCAAACAUGGAUCUAUGGCGUCCAGCAUCGAGAACAAGCAGGACUGGAUCAAACACAUCCGGGAGGUGAUCCAGGAGCGCACCAUCCACCUGAGAGGAGCCCUGAAGGAGCCCAUCCACAUCCCCAAGUCUGCCACGGCCAAGCACCCCAAGGGACACCGCAGGUACAGGGAUGGAGAGGAUCUGGACAGUCAGGGUGACGGGAGCAGUCAACCGGACACCAUCUCUAUCGCCUCACGCACCUCCCAGAACACACUGGACAGCGACAAGCUGUCCGGGGGCUGUGAGUUGACCGUGGUGAUCCAUGACUUCAUGGCGGGUAACAGCAACGAGCUGACUGUCCGACGGGGCCAGACGGUGGAGGUCCUGGAGAGGUGCCACGACAAGCCCGACUGGUGCCUGGUCCGGACCACGGACCGCUCCCCCGCCCACGAGGGGUUGGUGCCCUGCGCCAUGCUCUGCAUCGCCCACUCGCGCUCCUCCAUGGAGAUGGAGGGGAUAUUCAACCAUAAAGACACUCUGUCGGUGUGCAGUAAUGACUCCAUCAUGCCAGGCUCCUCUGCCACCCUGCAGCCUGGGCACCACGGCAUGGGCUCACACACCUCGCCAGGACCCAAACGACCAGGUAACACUCUGCGUAAGUGGCUGACCAGCCCAGUGCGUCGCUUGAGCAGUGGCAAGGCAGACGGGCAUGUGAAGAAGCUAGCCCACAAGCACAAGAAGAACCGGGAGGUGAGGAAGAGCGGCGAGGUGACGGGCAGCGCCCAGAAGGACAGUGACGACAGCGCAGCCACGCCCCAGGAUGAAACUGUGGAGGAGAGAGUUCGUAACGAGGGAUUGUCCAGCGGGACCCUGUCCAAGUCCUCUUCAUCCGGGAUGCAGAGCUGUGGGGAGGAGGAGGGUGAGGAGGGGGCGGACUCCGUCCCCUUGCCUCCCCCCAUGGCCAUCCAGCAGCACAGCCUACUGCAACCUGACGCCCAGGACGACAAGACCUCCUCCCGUCUCUCGGUCCGUCCGUCCAGUUCCGAGACACCUAGUGCAGCGGAGCUGGUGAGCGCCAUCGAGGAACUGGUCAAGAGCAAGAUGGCUUUAGAGGAUCGUCCUAGCACUCUGUCGGUAGAACAGGGGGAUAGCAGUUCUCCCUCCUUCAACCCCUCCGACAACUCCCUCCUCUCCUCCUCCUCCCCAAUCGAUGAGAUGGAGGAACGCAAGACAGGUUUCCUAAAGAAGAGACAUUAUGUAUUGUUAGAGCUGGUGGAGACAGAGAGGGACUACGUCAGAGAUCUGGGCCUGCUGGUGGAGAGCUAUAUGACACGGAUGAAGGAGGAAGGGGUACCAGACGAUAUGAAAGGGAAGGACAAGAUUGUGUUUGGAAACAUCCACCAGAUCUACGACUGGCACAGAGAUGUCUUCAUGGGAGAGUUGGAGAAAUGUCUGGAAGACCCGGACCGUCUCGGCCCGCUGUUUGUCAAGCAUGAGAGGAGGCUCCACAUGUACAUAGUGUACUGUCAGAACAAGCCCAAGUCAGAGCACAUUGUGUCAGAGUACAUCGACACCUACUUUGAGGACCUAAAGCAGCGCCUCGGUCACCGGCUUCAGAUAACUGACCUCCUCAUCAAACCUGUCCAGAGGAUCAUGAAGUACCAGCUGCUGCUCAAGGACUUCCAAAAAUUCUCUAAAAAGGCUGGCUUGGAUUCAGCUGAGCUUGAGAAAGGAGUUGAGCUCAUGUGCAUCGUACCAAAGAGAUGCAACGACAUGAUGAGUGUUGGCCGACUCCAAGGCUUCGACGGUAAAUUAGUGGCCCAGGGUCGUCUCAUGCUCCAGGACACCUUCAUGGUCUCAGACCCCGAGGGAGGAGGGAGGAUGAGGGAGAGGAGGGUCUUCCUCUUCGAACAGGUGGUCGUCUUCAGCGAGCCUCUGGAUAAGAAGAAGGGUUUCUCCAUGCCGGGCUUCUUGUAUAAGAACAGCAUCAAGGUCAGCUGUCUGGGGCUGGAGGACAGUGUGGACGGUGACCCCUGUACGUUUGUGUUGACCUCCAGGGUGACCAAUAGCAGCGUAGAAUCCUUUGUCCUCCACUCCUCCCACUUAGGAGUACGCCAGGUCUGGACCCUUCAAAUCAGCCAGAUCCUGGAGAGCCAGCGCAACUUCCUCAACGCUCUGACCUCCCCCAUGGAGUACCAGAGGAACCACGUAGGGGCCGGAGGCGGGGCGUGUCUGCCUGGUGGCGGAGCUCCGUCAGUGAGCAGCGCUGAGCCCAGUGUGGCCCCGGUCGUAGGCGUGCAGGGUGUGCCUCAGUCCGGGCCUCUCGGCGUAGGUAGUCCCCUCGUGGGUGGUGGUCCCCAGGGCGGAGCCAGCUCGUCCAGGAGGCCCUCCAGGAUACCCCAGCCCUCACGCCUGCCCCAGCCCCUACGACACCCACACCAUUCUGGGGCCGCAGACCCAGACGGUCCCAGCAAGAUGUCAGGUUCCGCGUCUCGUCUCCCCCCUCCCCCCUCCCUCCCUCCGUCGGUCUCAGCGGACCAGAGGGAGCAGGCCCCGGCAGGAGGGCUGAGGGAGUUCAGGGAGGCCCAGCGUGGGGUGAGGGUCCAAGGGGGAAUCCCCAAGAUUACGCGCCCCGUCUCUGCCUCAGACGACCAGCCCCCUCCCCUCGGCCCUAUCCCUCGGGCCAGUGUGGCUCCCCUCCCUGUACCCCUGCCUCACUCGACCCCCACAAAGCCUCGCCCAGGAACCAUCUCCCCCAUGGCGUCCCCCCUGGCCACCCCUGCCUUUGGGAAAGACGCCCUGUCCCCUCCCCCUGCAAGCCCCGGCUUGAAGUCUAGCUCCUUCUGGAGCUCCAUGCCUGGUUCUCCAGCCAGCCGGCCCGGCUCCUUCACCUUCCCUGGGGAGGCAGGGGAGAACCUAGGGAGGCAGAACCAGAACCCGGCUCAGUCCGGGACUGGCUCCCACAGACACUCAACACACAGCAAGGAGGCAGAUCGCAUGAGUACGUGCUCGUCGACCAGUGAGCAGUCCAUCCAGUCCACCCAGAGCAAUGGGAGUGAAAGCAGCAGCAGCAGUAGUGUGUCCACCAUGUUGGUGACCCAGGACUAUGUGGCCCUGAAGGAGGAUGAGAUCAGUGUGUCCCAGGGCGAGGUGGUCCAGAUCCUGGCCAGUAACCAACAGAACAUGUUCCUGGUGUUCCGGGCCGCUACCGAACAGGGCCCCGCGGCCGAGGGCUGGAUCCCCGGCUACGUUCUAGGACACACCUCCACCAUCGUCCCCGACCCAGACGGAACCAUCAAGAAGUCCUCAUCCUGGCACACCACCCUGCGCAUCCGCAAAAAGUCUGAGAAGAAAGAGAAGGAGGGAAAGAAAGAGGGCAAGCUGGAAAAUGGUUACAGGAAAUCCAGAGAAGGGCUGACCAACAAGGUUUCUGUAAAGCUUCUAAACCCCAACUACAUCUAUGAUGGUCUGCCAGAGUUCCUAGUCCCCCUGAGCGAGGUGACGUGUGACAAUGGCGAGAGCGUGACACUGAGGUGUAAGGUGUGCGGUCGGCCAAAAGCCACAAUCACCUGGAAAGGACCUGACCAGACCUCCCUGACGACCAACGGACACCACAGCAUCGCCUACAGUGAGACGGGCGAGGCCACGCUGAGGAUAGUGGGCGUUUCUUCGGAAGACGACGGCAUCUACACCUGCGUUGCCACUAACAACCUGGGCUCGGUGACGUCAUCGGCCAGCCUCAGGGUGCUAGCUACGUCCAGCGAUGGGGUCAGGGUGAGCUGGAAGGAUGACUUUGAGUCCCACUACACCGAGGUGGCAGAGCUCGGCAGGGGCCGAUUCUCGGUGGUCAAGUGUUGUGACCAGAAGUCGACCAAGCGCCAGGUGGCGGUCAAGCUGGUCAAUAAGAAGCUGAUGAAGAGGGACCAGGUGACUCAGGAGCUCGGCCUGCUUCAGAGGGUUCAGCACACACACCUGGUCACCCUGCUGGACACCUACGAGACCCCCAGCAGCUAUGCUCUGGUCCUGGAGAUGGUUGACCAGGGUCGUCUCCUGGACUACAUUGUGAGCUGGGGGAACCUCACUGAGAAGAAAGUCGCCAGCUACCUGCGCAACAUCCUAGAAGCUUUACAUUACCUACACAACUGCAGGAUAGCCCAUCUGGACAUAAAGCCUGAGAACCUUCUGGUGGCCCACACCUCGUCCGGCCAGCCUGUGGUCAAGGUGACUGACUUCGGGGACGCCGUCCAGCUCAACAGUGACCACUACGUCCACCCUCUUCUGGGCAGCCCCGAGUUCGCCUCCCCUGAGCUGGUCCUUGGGGAGCCCGCCACCCUGACCUCUGACCUCUGGAGCCUGGGCGUGGUGACCUACGUCCUCCUGAGCGGGGCCUCUCCCUUCCUGGACGAGAGCGUGGAGGAGACGUGUCUGAACAUCUGCCGGCUGGACUUCAGCUUCCCCCAGGACUACUUCCAGGGGGUGACCCGGGAAGCCCGGGACUUUGUCCGCCUGCUACUGCGGGCAGAACCAGCCCGGAGGCCGCCAGCUGGACUGUGUCUGCAGGAGCCCUGGGUCCAGGGCCAAGCCGGGUCAGCAGAUGCCCAGGGCAGGGUGGAGGUGGGCUGCCUGGACACGUCUCGCCUGGUGUUGUUCAUAGACAGAAGGAAGCACCAGACGGAUGCCAAGCCCAUCGUCGGUAUGCAGAGUUUCCUACACAGCCGGCUACAGCCACAGACCUGAGCAAAGGAUGAUGGGAGAGAGAGAUGCCCCGCCCCCGCCCUUUUUACCUGACGGGAAAGGUAGAGAGAAUGUCCAGUCUCAAAUCUCAAAUGCACUCCUAGAUACCCACGAAUAUGUUGGUGUAGAUCUGAGGUGAUUAGAUUAGGCUAAGUGGAAAAACUGUCAGAGGUGCAGGGUGGAGUUGGAGGAACCAUGUUGCUUAGACCUAUCCAUUCAUUUCCGGUCCACAGGAAGUGUCGAGUGUUUUGAUUUGAGACUGGGCAUCUCAGAGAAAGAAGAAGGUGAAGAGAAAAAUGUGCUGAUCUCAUCCUCUUCCAGAUUAUGUAUUUUUUUAUUAUUCUUUGAGUCCUGUGUUCCUUCAGCUAAUCAGAACAUAGAGCUUGUUGGCCUACUGGUCCUUAUCUGAGUUUCCCCUGAAAGAACACAUACUGAGUUCUCAGCCAAUCAAAACAAUGAUAACACAAUGUCCUCACCGGUCUACUGCUGCUUGCUGGUUUACACUCAAACUGAUUCUUUUUUAAAAUACAAAAAAAAAAAAAAUGAACAAAAAUGACUGAUCGGUGGAGUCCCUUAUUUUUUCUCCAUCUUACUGGCAGUCAGUCGAUCAACAGGAGAGCCUCUGAUCGAUCUUUGUCAUGUGGAGGAUAGGGUGUAUGUACCUGCACAAACAUACUGAGCUUUCUGAAGAACAAGUGGCUUAGGAGGCUAGCGUUAGCACGCAUAGCAACUUUACCUUCCCUCUUGCUACCAGAGAGAGAUUUAGUUUUUGUGCUUUUACAAUAAUGUGACUCAAAGUCUUUUGAGACUCUGCUUUUCAUAAAGAACCAAUGUAUAGACAGAACAAUGUCCGCGACUUUUCAAAAACAUGUUUGAAAAAAUAUGAAAAACUCAGAAGAACAUUUCAGAAAAAGAUCUAAGAAAACACUCUGCUGUGGAAAGUCGCUAUGCUACUCUAGAACAUGGGGAGGACUUAUCCAAUGACUGAGCUCCUUCACUUUGUUGAGACAGUUUUAUGUCCAAUCAGAGCUUUUUGAUUGCUGCGCUUACUUAAUCUAAGAAACCAUGAUAACAACCCUGUUAAAAGUAACAAUAGAGAUUCUGCUAACUGCUGCGAAGUCUCUGAAAAUGAAAAUGGUUUUUUUGCUUUUACUAGAACACAAAUUGUGUUGUGCAGAGUUAAGAUGUUUAAGCCUUACUUUGUAUAUAGACUCUGCCUUUGUAUAUAGACUCUGCCUUCUGUUCCUCCCGUUUCAAAAUGUCUGUCUGCUUUUGAGGAUGUUCUUGGAGGCGGGACUAAAGGAUCUCAUAAAUGAAAUGUAGUCGAUCGCCAAUUGGGUGACCUAGCCUGAGUGGCAGCAGAGAUGGCCAAUCAGACGGAGAGGAAAUGAGGAAGACAAAAUACUGUAAAUGCACUCACUGUAUGUUAUGUUCCCCCAUUCUUAUCAUGUGCAAUGUUGCGGCUUUAACAUUUUAUGCAACUAUUUAUGAAGACAUCUGUUGUACAUGUAAUAAAUAGAGAUAAAAGCAUGUACAUGGUACUGCAAGCUCUGCUGGUGGUGGUCCUCUUUAUUUGACCUAUGACCCCGUUAGGGGUGUUAACUUAUCACCAUAGGAAAAAAAUUAGUAGAACAGGCCUUGAAAAUUGGUGAAUGAUAGCGUAUUAGGAGUGGUGCCCAACAUAGGACUUUCUGAUUGUAUGGUUAUGACUUUCUCGGUUACCUAACCUCCAGAGCUCUCUACACUGCUCUAACAACAAGUUUAAUGUAUUGAUUUUUGAUUUGUCACUUUUCCCCAUCGUCCUUGGUCUUUAUAUACAGUACUUUACUGGUAUACCAAAGCUGUCCUGUCGUUACCAUAGCAUCCCUGUACUACGCUAUUGUUUUAACGAUUAAACAUUUGUUAAUGACA